GGCCGGCGGCCAUGGCGGGCAGCAAUGGCCCAUGACGCCGCGGGCGCCAGGGGCGCACUGACGCGGCUGUGGCCAUUGUGGCCAUGGCUGCUGGUUUUUGUGGACGUCGUUGCACAGGACGUGGCGCCCGUGGUCAUUCCGCGCCAAAUUCCGCGGAGGGUGGGCAUUACGAAUCAUGCACCCACGCCUGGCGCCUGGGUGGUGCAUGAGGUGAAGAUGUACUUCACAGACACUUGCGACGAGGCCAGUUUGUUGGAACCUGGCGAUGUCACCGACAUUUACGAUACAGGAACUCGACUAGAAACUGCCCUGUACACCGCCGGGCCUUAUGCCAUGGACAAUGUGCUAUGGACCAACUGGACGGCUGAUUGCAUGGUCCAGCUGGGUGGCUGCGCAGCGAAGACCCAGGGGGUUGGCAUCGACAUCGCCUUCACCGAGGGCUAUGCCAAGGCUGUGGCGGAGAAGGAGAACGUGUGGUCUGUGCUGGGCCCCUUGCUGGAGGCCAUUACCGUGAAGUGCAUUCAGAUUUGGCAGAGCGAUGACGUCUAUGAGAAAUGUGAUGACAUUUCCAUCGUGAAUGGAUUUCUUCAAGAGGGCACUGAAACCGAGGAGUGGAGGUAUGAAGAGGUCAUGACCUUCUACGCAGUGAGUGGUGGCGCCUGGUCGCGCCGUCCUGCGGCCAUCGAUACCUUGUGGCGGCUGCAGAAUGUGCAGGAGACCUUGGGCCCUUGGAGCCUGAAGGAGGUGGAGUUCUAUGAAGAUUACCUCUGUACAUUCAAGCUGCGCGGCGCCACCUUUUCCAUCGGAAGCGAUAAGACCUCCGGGGUGAACCCAGGGAUCUACGCAGAACGCAAUGCCUUUGACGGCAACGUGUCGACCUAUUGGAUCUCCAAGUGCGAUCCCAUCCCUGGAUCCCUGGCACCCAUCAUCUGGGGCGAUGGCCUGCGCUUCGAUGGCUGCGAGCCGGAACAGGGCUUCAUCGGCAUGGAGUUCGAGGUGGCCACGAGCGUGCGCUGCGUGCGGCUCUUCCAGACCGAGCCCAGGGACGAGUUCGAGCGCGACCUGAAGCGCUCCUGGUCUGCGGGCUUUGCCUUGCAGAAAUGGACAGGUGUCGAGUGGAAGAUGGAGGAGCAAUUCUGGGACUCCAAGGUGCCGUAUGGCGCGUACAUCCCCACGCUGGUGACGCCGUUCAUUGGAAAUGCCCCAGGGGUUUGGGAAGAUAUGCGACCUCCAAACAGGUCCUGCUGGCGUCUCUCCAAUGAUGAUUACACCUCAGGACAGUGGGUGGUGCAGGAGUUGGAGUUCUUCACCAGUGAGUUCUGUGUUCAGGACCCGCAACUGACUGAUGCUCGCAUCUAUGGGAUCCCUCUGGCCAUGCAAGGUCCUAAAAGCACCCGCAUUCAGCACGUCUACGACCAGGACCUGCGUGUCGACCUGACCUGGGAAUCCAGUUGUAGCCUGGGCCGUGGGGGCGCGUGCAUCCCUGGCGAAGCAUGGCUGGGGAUGUACACCCGCGGACUGCAGCCUGACGUGAAGUGCUUCAAGAUCUACCAGUCCAAAGAUUUGGAUCAGCAAAGUUCCUUCGUCUCCUUGCACGUCUACCUGGACGGCCUCUGGACGACCCACUCGCAGCACCCGGAGAUCGGCGGCGGCACCUGGAACCGGCGCCCGGCGCCGGCCUGGACGCUGUGGCGGAUACGGAACAACCAGGAAAUCCAGGGCCAGUGGCAAAUCCAUGAGCUGCGGGCAUAUCGCGAUCCGCUUUGUUUGGUGGAGACAACCCCUGGACUUGGCGUGUCCAGCGGUUACUUUGCAGUGGAUGGCCCUGAGAACGCCUUCGACGGCGACUCGGUGACAGGCUGGGUGGCCAACUGCGACGUCAGCUGCAACGAAACCAGGCGCUAUUGGAUCGGCAUGGAGCUGCCGUCGGACGCGGUGGAGGCCUCCGCUGGGGAGCAGAUGCUGCGCUGCUUCCGGGUCUGGCAGAGCGAACGCCUGGAGAGACAGAUGGUGAGUGUACAGGUCCAAAUCUGGAAUGGUGAGAUCUACAGCAUGUCUCCUGUGACGGACACGGGGUCGCUUCAGGAGCUGGGUGGGGGCACCUGGUCUCGACCCAUGGCGAGUUUUAUGACGAAGUGGCGGCUGAUUCCCAACGUGACCACGGAUCGCUUGUGGCGGCUACUGGAGUUGGAACUUUUUGCGGAUUCGGCCUGCAAAUACCGGCUGCCCAAAUCUGGGGACACAGGGGGUGGCACCUCCGUUCUAGCGUCGGGCUAUGUGCCCUUUGUGCCCUAUUUUGAUCGCAUUGAAUUGGGCGCCAUGUGGUCGGAAGCUGAACAUAUGCAAGACGAGGAUCUGAAGACAGGGGUCCUAUUGGAGCACAUGCCGGGGCGCCAGCGCAAUGCCUUCGUGGGGGUGGAUUUUCUGUCCGCUGGGAGCUGGGUGAAGUGUGUGAAGAUGGUGCAAGGUCCGACACCUCAGGAAUACAUCCCAUCUGCCAGAUUGGAAGUCUGGGACGGACGAGAGUGGCGCAGCGAGGACCCGGAGAUUGCGCCGGUGGAGGUCUACCUCGACGGCCUGGGGGGCGGCGGCUGGCAGCGGCGCCCCGCCGAGCCGGGCUCGUUGUGGCGGGUGGAGAAUGCCGUGGAGGUGCCCGAAGGCUGGGCUGUGUACGAAGUGGAAAUGUUCACCAGCAGCGACUGCUCCAGUGGCCGGUUGUCAGGGGAGAUUAUCGCCAGUGGCUAUGCCCCACCCAUUGAGGAGCAUGGGCCUAUCAACUCCAUGGAUGGGAACACUUCAACGAUUUGGAUGUCCCAAUGCUGUCCAAUCGACGAGUUCCAGCGACCUUUAGGCUUCGAGCUCUUCGAGUUCCACGUGGGCUGCAACAUUGGCGACGCCUGGGUGGGUGUCGAUUUGGGCGCGGGAAACACCGUGAACAACGUGAAGUGCGUGCGCAUUUUUCAGGUGGGCUAUGAGAAGAUGCAAAGCCAGAUGGCCUAUGUUUCCAAGUGGAAUGGCACUGCCUGGAGUCCGCAGUGGGUCCUGGAUGGCCUGGGAGGAAGCGAAUGGAACCGCCGUCCGGCGUCGCCCAACACCAUGUGGCGCCUCUUUUAUUUGUCGCGCAAGGAUAACGCAUGUCCUACGCAGCUAACGCGCAUUACACACCGGCCCUGGGGGGUGUCUGACGUGAAGUUCUUCACGGACGACGACUGCACACAGCGCAUCGAAGGAGGCAUUCCGAUCACCUCAGGGAGCUUCGACUUCUUCACGCCCUCGGUGGUGGACCAGCCCUCCUACGAGAGCGCGCGCCUGGUGGACGUCAACGAUGGACACCUCUUGACCACCUGGGCAGCCAACUGCCGGACGGGCUUCCGGCAGAUCGCGGCCGAGAACACGGACUGUACUGGCGCAUGGGUGGGCAUGCAAUGGCCUUCUGCCCAUGAGGUGCGUUGUGUGCAGCUCGUGCAGUCGCGCUGGGAGUCGGGGCGCUGCUGCGAUCCGGCGGACGAGUUGGGCUUGCAGAGAUGGAAUGGAUCCAGGUGGGUCGAGGCCUCCUGGUUUCGGGAACCGCCCACACCGGCCAAUCCCACAGAGAACAACGUGCGCGCCCCCGUCCACCUGGGUGCAGUCUUUAAGAACGUGGGCGAAUGUCCUUCGAGGCUGUCGGACAAACGCAUCUUUGAGGAAACCAUCGUGGAGCAACGCACGCGGCGCGACAGUGACAAGUGCAUUGUGAAGCUCACGGGCGCGGUGCCCUUGCUGGCGGAGCCCAACUGCAUCAAACAUCCGCGAUGUGUUGAUGUCUUUGGCACCAGUGGCACGUGUUGCCCUAUUGGCAACCUUGUGGAAUCCGCCAAUCGAUGCUGUUGCAGCUUCAUGAGUGGCGAGCCCAUUUUUGUGGAUGAGUUUACCUACACGGACAUGAGAGACAAGCUGAGCUUCGAAUAUGCCACCAUUUGGAUGUCCAACGUGCUGCCGUGGAUCGGUCUGGGGGUGACCAUCGUGCUGUACUUGGCCGUGGUCUUCUUCCCCGCGGACGUGGAAGCCAAGGCGAAGGCCUGGAUCCGCAAGGACCUCUACUCCGAUGAGCCACCGCGCUGUCGCAUCUUCCUGAAGCGCGUGGUGCUCAUUACGGCCUGGCCACUGCUGGCUUGGAGGACCUAUGUGCAGAUCAGCAAAUCCGAGUUUUCCAAGAUCAUCCGAUGGUUCGUGUUGCCACAUGGGCGGACACCCAGACCACUGGAGCUCUACCGUUCCCUGCUGUUCCUGGUCUUCGGCUCCGUGCUCAGUGGAAUGGCACCCUGGCUGAUGCUCGGCGCCAUCUUGGGAGAGAUGAUGAUCGGCCUCGCCCUGCAGCUCUGUCAAGUCAUCAGGUACUUCAAGUCACCUUUCGACCCCUUGGAUUUGCGUGACAUGCUGCUCCGGCAAGAGGUCUCCAGGGUGAAAGUGAAACACGACGACGGCAUGGCCUCGGCCUUGGACGUGGCAUCCAGCGUGGCGACGACCUUCGUCUUUGGCCUGGCGUACUUUGGGAAGUUUAUCUUCGAUCUGCUGAUUGUGCGGGCGCAGAUGCUGUCCUUUGAGGCCAUUGAGAAUAUUGAGGCGGAUAAGGUGGUGGAGCUCUUCCCAGGUCUCUUAGAGACCCUGAGGGAACCCGCCAUGUUGCUGUACGACAUGAUGUACUUCACCAGCCAAGCCAUUUCUUGGAGCUUGGGCCGAUUGGUGGGCAUUCCGCUCUGCGAAGGAUCCUGUGCGUUGGCAGGCUCUGUGGCGCUGGUCAUGAUCUUAUACGGUGCCUCGCAGUGGCUGAACUACGACCUCUUCGGCCUCUUCGUGGCAGCCCGCCAGGUGGUGAGAGCCACACGUCCUGAGUGCCAGAGGGUGUUGGCCCAGUCGUUGAUCUUGUUUUGUUUGAGCGCCUCCUUCGCCGCGGUGCAGAUGACCAUGGUUUUGUUCACCCGAGCUCUGGCCUUCGCCAAUCCCUUCGUGGUCUCCACCUGGGUCUGCGAAUAUGACGACACCUUAGCCAUCUUUGUGGGGCGUUUAUUGCUCACGGGCUCUUCACUUGUGGGCCUGGUCUUCGUCUUUCUGUGCGUGAAUGGCCACUUCAUGGGUCAGGACUACAUCACCGCACGCGUGGCGAAUUUUUUGGGCAUCGAUUUGACGGCCCUGGACCCCGACGGCAUCGGCGAGGAGGGUGGCAUGUUUCGGCUGAAUGUCUUCGGCGCAGCGCUGCCCACGCUCUUUGGGGUCUGGUGGGACCCAUGGAAUAUCGAUGCCUAUUUGGUGCACGAACGCGCUCACGUAUAUUCCAUGGAGUUACGUGACCCUCAGGCCUGCAAGCGCUGCGACAAGAUCCACGUGGAGUACGGAUUGAUGAUGACCGCCACGGGCCGCACCGUGAGCGCCGCGGUGCAGAUCGUGCCCUAUGGUGCGGUGGUGGCUAAGGCGUGUGAGUAUCUGAAUGACCCUCCUUUGAUCUACAUUGGCAACAAGAUGAGCUGCCUGAAAAUGAAAAAGCUGGAAAGGCCUGAGCCGCCACGAAAGAAAAAUGUACUCUUGAGGCUCUACUACCUCAUUGCCGAGAUUUUAGCCUAUUCCGUGGAAUACCUGGUGCCCUUCCUGCGCCGUCUCACCAGCGUCGGGAUUUUGUUUUACUUGGCACUGGGCACCUUCACGUUGACGGAAAAUAAUUUGGCAGCGCAAGGGAGCUACGUGAUUAUCGCGGGCUUCACCUUAUCCUUCGUGAAGGCAUCUUUGGAGAGGUUGAUUCCUACACUGCUGAAGUACGGGCUGACUGGGGUGUACUUCGCCAUCAGUAGUGCUCAGGGAAAGGCGACCAAGAUCAACAUGAUCGCCCGGACGAUCACCGGACAGGUCCUCUCUGGCAGCACCGCGGCUGCGCUGACCUCAGGCUGCAUCUUAACGGCGAAGUGGGCCUCCAUUGUGAAUGCCAUCAUCAUCUCAAGCAGCGUUGGCUACGGCUUCAGUAUCCUUACCCUGGUGAUCAAUGCGCUGAUGGAGGGCAAACCCCCAGAGGUGGGAGCUCCGCCCAAGAAGAACAUGAUGCAGCUGGUGAUGAAGAUUUUCGCAUCGGUUUUCACCGGCGGUGGCCUUGGUGUCAUGGUGGUCUACGCCGGGGAGACAGGACUCUGGCUGGAAAGCCAGGAAACAGAUGCCUUUAGCUUCCAAAACAAAGCGGGGAGUCGUUGGACAGCGAGGGACAGUAUUGGCCUGACUGCAUUGAUUAUCGUGCUUCAAUUUGUGGUGCUACGUGUGAUCCUGGUGGAGGAUCGCCAGCCAUUGGACGAGCAACAACUGGACCGACUGCCGCGCUGGAGAAGCAGUCCCACGCUCAUCGUCCUCCGAUCCAUACAGUUCUUCCCAGGUUUUGCGGCCAUCCCCACCUGCACCUUGAUCUCCACGGUCAUGGCCAGUUGGUUGGCUGAUCCUCUGGGCUUGACGCCGCUGUAUCAACAGAUCCUGCUGCUGAUUCUGGGCGUCGUCUUGGCGAACAUCUCAGCUCUGACCAUCCAUCGCUUGAUGGACAGCUUCCCUCAACUCAUGGGCUUCUUCUCGUGCGUCCUAUCGGCCUGUGUGCUCUGCCCUUGGAAUUUCCUCUUCGGCGCCUUCACGGCGGUCUGGAUCGGCGUGGCGGUGGGGAGCAUCUUGGAGGAGGUCAUCCUGCGCCGGACGUUGCAGCGCGAAAUCAAACGUCGCUCCGCGACGGGGGAAGAUGACAUGGCCUUCUUCGAUCAUAAGAGGGCAGCAUCCAUGGAAGAAUGGCAGGAACUUGAAGACGAUGAGUCUGAGGAGGAAAUCAUCCCGGAACCUGACCGUGAAGACAAGUUGCAAACCUAUCUGCAACUGGCAGCGGCCGGGCACAGCCCCAUCGACUACGUGAGGGAAACCUCGGGGCUGCCGAUUGAGGAUCGAUCCUUUCUACUGGAACCACCCGACUCCGAGAGUGAAACCUUCACACAAGAGGAGGCGUCCGUCGAGGUGGACGCCCUGGGCGAUGAAGUGGAGGAGUCGGAACCCGUGGCCCAUCCUGGGCAUCGAAGUCGUAGUCUUGAUCUGAUCAAGUCUCACUCGUAUCCUUCGUCCUCCUCAAUUUUUGACCCACCAGAUCUGGCGGACGACAACGACAACAGAGAGGACGUGGAUGAGAACUAUGAGAACGCCGAUCCAUUGUUGCCACUGGCAGAUCUGCCGGAGGACACGCCCAACAGCCACGCUGAGCACCACGGUGAGCUCCGUGCCAUUGCGGAUGUGGAGGAAGGCACAGACCUGCCGGAGCUGCCGAGUGAAAGUCCGGCGGAAGACAGGCCGCCGGAUGCCUUGGUCCUCGCCAUCCCGGACACCGCCGCGCACGGCGCGGAGGAUGCCGAGCUGCCCACGGGAAUGGAGCUGGCGACACGCGACGACGAUGCGGACGAUGUCGACGCUGUCGACGAUCCGGGGAGGAGUCGGAGCGUGUCCCCAGAGCAGUCGCCCACGUCCAGAGAAGCUCACAUGCGAGCGGCGGCAGUGACGCAGCUGGCGGUGGAGGUGAAUCCGAUCCUAAAGAGUCUGCAGCCCAAGAAUAAGCAAGACAUGUGGUCCAAAAUCCAUGGCGGUCGUCAGCCGCGCGCGGUUCCCUCUCUGCGGCCCCCUGGCUCCCAGAGGGGUCAAGCCAGCUCAUCAAGGAGCCCAAAGUGACGUGGUCAUCGCCUUUGGGUCGUAGAUCGGAAGCGAACCGUUCGCUUUCCUUAGAUUUUUUCGCAUGGUGGAGUGAUGCGAGCACCUACCAUUGGUGCUCGCACAGUGUACAGUUCACAGCCCCGCUCUACGUCCUUUGAAAGGAGUGAAGCAGAUGCAGAGUUCAGCAGCAAAUGUAGGUAGACCCACAGCGUCAAGCCCUUGGAGCCAGCUAGAC